AUGGUGACGGCAGCAAAGCCACCGGGUACAGCCUCCGGGGAGCCCGGCGAGGGAAAGCACGACCCAGUGCCAGGUGGGUACCCGGGCGCGCCGUGCGUCUCUCGCGUGUUUGGAGACUCUGUGCCGCUCUGGGCACCCUACCCCGAGGCUGCAACCGCGAGAACUGCACAGGCUCUGGGACCUGCGCCCUUCAAUAGAACAGCCAUUUUCAGGAUCAAGAUGUUGUUCAACUGGAGGAUACUUGCAGCGAGCCAUCAGAAAAUUCCAUCUGGCGAGGUUCAUAAUAUAUGCUGCUGUAAAAGAAGACCAAGUUUAAAAAGAUUAAAGCCACAUAUACCUCUUAGAAGAAAUUACAGUUCCUUGCCAGGUUUAGUAGGAAGCGAUGUCAAAUCCCUUCAUUCCAUCAUCAAUCCUCCCAUAGCUAAAAUCCGUAAUAUUGGAAUUAUGGCUCAUAUCGAUGCAGGCAAAACUACCACUACAGAAAGAAUAUUGUACUAUUCUGGAUACACAAGAUCACUGGGAGAUGUUGAUGAUGGAGACACAGUAACAGAUUUCAUGGCUCAAGAGCGAGAAAGAGGCAUUACUAUUCAAUCAGCUGCUGUUACGUUUGAUUGGAAGGGAUACCGAAUCAAUCUGAUUGAUACACCAGGUCAUGUGGACUUCACUGUGGAGGUUGAGCGCUGCCUUCGGGUUUUGGAUGGUGCAGUUGCUGUAUUUGAUGCCUCUGCUGGAGUAGAGGCCCAAACUCUUACAGUAUGGAGGCAAGCUGAUAAACACAACAUCCCUCGAAUCUGUUUUUUAAACAAGAUGGACAAAACUGGAGCAAGUUUUAACUAUGCAAUUGAAAGCAUCAGAGAGAAGUUGAAGGCAAAGCCUUUGAUUUUACAGUUACCAAUUGGUGAAGCCAAAACCUUCAAAGGAUUGGUGGAUGUAAUCAGUAAAGAAAAACUACUUUGGAACCCCAAUUCAAAUGAUGGAAAAGACUUUGAGAGAAAACCCCUCUUGGAAUCAAGUGAUCCUGAGUUGCUGAAGGAGACAGCUGAAGCAAGAAAUGCUUUAAUUGAGCAAGUUGCAGAUUUGGAUGAUGAAUUUGCUGACUUGGUUUUAGGAGAAUUUAGUGAAAAUUUUGAUUUGAUACCAGCUGAAAAGCUACAGACUGCAAUACACAGAGUCACAGUGGCUCAGACAGCAGUGCCUGUGCUUUGUGGAAGUGCCCUGAAAAACAAAGGGAUCCAACCCUUACUAGAUGCUGUUACUAUGUACUUGCCUUCACCUGAAGAGCACAGCUAUGAAUUUCUGCACUGGUAUAAGGAUGACUUAUGUGCACUGGCAUUUAAAGUUCUUCAUGACAAACAGCGAGGGCCACUGGUUUUUAUGCGUAUUUACUCAGGCACAAUAAAACCACAGUUAGCCAUCCAUAAUAUUAAUGGUAACUGCACGGAGAGACUAAGUCGUCUGCUUUUGCCAUUUGCUGACCAACAUAUAGAAAUUCCUUCCCUGACUGCUGGUAACAUUGCUCUGGCUGUGGGGCUUAAACAUACUGCCACCGGCGACACCCUGGUCGCAUCCAAGUCCUCCGCACUAGCUGCCGCUCGUCGGGCCACGAGGGAAGGAGAAAAGAAGCACAGACACAGGGAUGGGGCAGAGAGCCUGCUACUGGCGGGGGUAGAGAUCCCAGAGCCCGUUUUCUUCUGCACCAUAGAACCCCCUUCAAUGGCUAAGCAGCCAGAUUUGGAUCAUGCAUUAAAGUGCCUUCAGCGUGAAGAUCCCAGUUUGAAAGUGAAGCUAGAUCCUGACUCUGGACAAACUAUUCUGUGUGGUAUGGGGGAGUUGCACAUUGAGAUUAUUCAUGACCGAAUCAAGAGGGAGUAUGGACUUGAGACGUAUCUAGGGCCUCUCCAGGUGGCAUAUCGAGAGACCAUCCUAAAUGCAGUUCGUGCCACAGAUACCUUAGAUAGAACUUUAGGAGACAAACGACAUCUUGUGACUGUAGAACUAGAAGCAAGUCCAGCUGAAAUGUCAUCUGUUAUUCCAGUUAUUGAAUAUGCUGAGGAUCUUAGUGAAGAACUCUUGAAGGUCUCCCAAGAGGCUGUUGAAAAUGGAAUUCAUGGUGCAUGCCUCCAAGGACCGUUGCUUGGAUUCCCAGUUCAGGAUAUAACAAUUACUUUGCAUUCACUAAUAGUUCAUCCUGGUACCUCCACAACUAUGAUUUCUGCCUGUGUCUCAAGAUGUGUGCAGAAGGCUCUGAAGAAAGCAGAUAAUCAAGUUUUGGAGCCUCUGAUGCAUCUCGAGGUGACAGUGACUCGAGAUUACCUCAGCUCUGUCUUGGCAGAUCUGGCACAAAGAAGAGGGAACAUUCAGGAAAUCCAGACUCGCCAGGACAACAAGGUUGUUACUGGAUUUGUUCCUCUCGCAGAAAUGAUGGGUUAUUCAACUGUGCUUCGAACGCUAACAUCAGGCUCAGCUACUUUUGCCUUAGAACUAUCUAAUUAUCAAGCCAUGAAUCCUCAGGACCAGCGUGUACUGCUCAACCAGAGAAGUGGCUUGGCCUAA